AUGGACGGUUUAUCUAAUAGCCCAGAGCCAUUUAGUGCAUCAGAGAGACUCAAAGGACUUCAUCUGUUGAUUGAUUCCAGAACCGAUGUCCAAGUCCAAGCAGAGCAUGUUCCUACAGAGACCACACAUUUGUAUCCAAAACUAGCUGGAUUUAAUUGGACUUGUUAUAUUACAACCGAUUCAGCUGUCUUGGGUAGGUCACGAACAGACCAAGACAAACAGACUGCCAGAGCAGGAGAAGUUUAUAUUGGUCUUGGAUCCUCAAAAGCAAUCUCACGACGACACGCGGAGAUAAAAUACAAUCCUCGAAGAAAACGCUGGGAAAUCAGAGUAGCAGGAAGAAAUAGUAUCAAAGUCGGUCACUUGGUCAAGAAACGAGGAGAUCCACCCAUCGUAUUAAGCACAGGGUCCUUACUGGAUAUUGGAGGUGUCCAGUCUGUGUUUAUCCUUCCUGAUAAUUAUUCAGGCCCACCACAAGAAACAUCGACCAGUACACAGUCAACAGUACAUAGCACAGAGGCGGCUACACCAAACUCAGAGAAUGAUACUGUUCAGCUCGGCAUGGAUGAUGAUGAAGCAUUAAAGCAAAUAUUGGGACUUUUACUAAAGACUACUCCAAACCGUCGAUCUACUAAAGAUAUUGUAGAUUUUGUUUGUCAGAAUACUCAGGACAAAGACAGCAAAGAAUACAACAAGGAGACUGUGCUUAGCAUGCUAGUAAGAAGUUCUUAUUUCUAUCUUGAAGACAUUUCACACACAGCGUCACAGGCCAGAUCCGAUGAAGCACAAUGGACAUGGGAUGUACAAGAAGGAUCUGAUAAUACUGGCCAGUUCCGUGGACAGUCCCACAUUUCACAGGAUAUGUCAGAGUGUGGGGAUUUUGAAUUCAAUUCAACUGGAUCUCCAGGAUACACCAGCCAAUCUCCAAAAGAUUUUGGAUCAUCUGAAGGACCUUGGCUGGGACAUGGUGCUUCAAUUGGAAUUAGUAUUGCUGAUAUCUACAGCACAUGGAUUGUUGCCAAUAACCGGAGUGUUGAUACGGAUGAUAUAUACAGCGUUGUCUUGGACCGAGAUACUACGCGAACAACUGCGGAAAAUAUAGAUCCUGUACUGCCUUUCAAACGUAUUAGGACCGAGACUGAUGACGGACAGGCUCAUUAUCAAGCACCGACUAACGAUUUGAGAUCAAAUCCAUGGAAAGCAAUCAGGACAACGGUACUAUACCAUUAG